GCAAAAGUAAGGGAAAAGAACUUUUUGUUUCACUAACUCUUAUUUUGCUUUCUUUUUCGGAUUUUCAGCACAGAAUCUUCCACCCAUGCAUGAAGCUACAGAUUCAAAAUUCCAUCCACAGCUCUAUGAUUAUAUUGUCGUCGGAGGUGGCACCGCAGGGUGUCCGCUAGCAGCAACGCUCUCCCAAAAAUUUAGAGUCCUUUUGCUCGAGAGAGGAGGCUCGCCUUAUGGGAACCCAAACGUGACCCUCCGGGACAACUUCAUCGUGAAUUACUUGAACCAAGGCAGCGACACGCCUGUCCAGGGAUUCGUCUCCACCGAAGGCGUUCCAAACGCUCGAGCACGAGUCCUGGGCGGUGGAACUUCCAUCAACAUCGGCUUCUACAACCGAGCCAGCCCCCAAGUUAUCAGCGAUCUCGGCCUUGAUGGAAGCUUGGCCAACGCUUCUUUCCGAUGGGUCGAGCAAGUUGUAACGUCGGUUCCUCGUCUCGGGCCGUAUCAAGCUGCCUUUCGAAGAUCACUCAUCAAGGCCGGAGUCACUCCUGACAACGGUGCCAGUUACGACUUCCAAGUCGGGACCCAGACCGGAGGAACGAUCUUUGAUGACCAGGGAACCCGGAGGCCGGCUUCAAAUUUACUCGUUUAUGCCAAUCCGCGCAACCUCGACAUCCUGCUGCAUGCACAAGUCGAGCUCAUUCUCUUCAGUGGAUCUGGGGAUUUUCUCUUGGCAGGAGAUCGAAGUUAUGGAGUCAAGUACAGCGAUCCUCUCGGGAGAACACGGACCACCUUGCUGAAAAAUCUCCAGGGCGAAGUGAUUCUAUGCGCAGGUACACUAGGAAGUCCACAGUUACUUUUGUUGAGUGGAGUUGGGCCAGCAAACCAGCUGUUCUCACCUUCGCCAGUGGAGUCGGCACUCGCGCAAGUCGUGGGGAUCACUGCACCGUUCGGGAAUUUUAUCGAAGCUGCCUGCGGUGUUGCCGUGACGGGAGUGCCAGGAGCUCGAGCCGGGAACAUAAUUGAGAAAGUCGCAGGGCCUUUGUCUUCCGGGACGCUCGUUCUGCAAUCCAAAAACGUACGAGACAAUCCGUUAGUAACUUUCAACUACUUCCAAGACCCUCGAGACUUGCAAACUUGCAUUGCAGGGGUGAACACGAUCGAGGAGGUAAUACUCGCAAACUCUUUCAGGCCUUUUGUCUAUGAUAACCAGACUCUACCAUCGGGAGGGACUGUUGGAGCACCUAACAGGAGAAAUCCAGCUUUUGCCGCUACCAUAAACACCACCAUAGCCAACUAUUGCAGAGAACGCUUGACGACCAUAUGGCACUACCACGGUGGCUGCUUAGUUAACCAGGUUGUGGACUCGGACUAUAGAGUUCUGGGAAUUAAAGGACUCAGAGUGGUGGAUGGCUCUACGUUCAAAUACUCGCCGGGAACAAUUCCGCAAGCUACGAUUUUGAUGCUCGGAAGGUGAGAAUGCUUUGGAUUUAUGGUGAGAUAAGAUACUGUAUCUAUGCAGGUAUGUGGGAGUCAAAAUCCUGACACAGAGAGCAAGAUAGGCACACAUACCUCACUCUAUUGUUUUUGCCAACACCCAGCGAU